ACUAACUCUGGCACUGCAUCGCCCCCACCUCUGGUUUUCCAACGAUGGAACACCAAUCAUUGCCAAACCUGAUGAACGUCCACCCAGGGACACUUGAGUUGAUGUCUGACUGGAGUGCGUUCAGCCCGUUCCCUGCUGCUCCUGUCCCGUUGUCGGGGCAGGAUCUGGAGGCGUGGUUGGAGGACUUGGAGAGCGUCCUGCACCCCUCACCAGCUGCCAACCGCCCGGGGGGGGUGGAGGAGGAGAACAGGAAGCUGAAGGAGCUCUGGGUGGACGACGUGGACAGCGUCCUGUGCCCCCCGGACCCCGCAGACGACACUCAGCGCCUCAACCAGCUCCUGCUGGAGGACCUUGAGAGUAUUCUGUACCCGGCCCCGGUCUUGGAGGAUCACACGCCGUCCCCAGGCAUCGCAGAGCCAGAGGCGUCGCCACCCAGACCCGGGGACCGUCCACCCCUCUCCCCCCAUGCCCAGGGGGGCCGUGAGGACGAGCCCCUCCUGGCCGACGAGCCAUGGCGCUGCUCGGAUCUCCCAUCCAGCUCCUCCUCCUCCUCCCCGUCUCCCAGCUCCCAGCCGGGACGGGAGCAGCCGGAAGAGGGUGCGCGGGGGACCAAAAGGCGGAGGAGGGAGGAGGUCCGCUGCCCGUCCUGCUUGAAGACCACCCCGGGGGCAGCCCAGCUGCUGGUGGAGAAUCUGACGCGGGAGAACGAGAGGCUGAGGCACCGGAUCGAGGAGCUGGCCAGAGAGGUUCAGGAAGUCCGCGAGAGGCUCAUCCAGAGGGUGGUCGAUGCUCACUGAGGGGGCUAGUGGCUUCCCGUCCCCACCGUCGUCUUCGUCUUCCUGUCUUUGGUAACCACCCCUACCUCCCCCCGGCGUCACCGGCUCACCUUCCUCCAGUGAGGGGAGAACGAAGAACCUCGCAGCAAGGGACAGGGGGGUGGGAGGUGCUACGUGAGCGGAUUCCACAAGAAUUCCCACCGCCCACCGGAAUGCCCACCUUGGAAAUUCCCCACCAUCCCACCUCCCCCCCCACCCGGAUCGAGCUGGGGAGUGCGAACUGGCAGGGAAGGAGAUGGUUGUUGGGCGUCACUCGUCUCAGGUCCAGGACAUCUCUGUGGGCGAUGACCAGCUCCAACGAGAGAGAAUCUAACCAUUGGCCCCCCAAAUGCUUGAUGUUCAAUGGUGUUACAAUCACUGAAUUCCCCCCCACCCCCCACUAUCAACAUCCUGGGGGUUAUUGUCACCAACGAGAGAGAAUCUAACCAUCGCCGCGCGCCCCCCCCACCGCUUGAUGUUCAAUGGCGUUACCAUCGCUGAAUUUCCUGCCACUCCCCACUAUCCACAUCCUGGGGGUUACCAUUGAGAGAGAAUCUAACCAUCGCUCCCCCCUCCCUUGACAUUCAAUGCUAUCGUUGAAUCCCUCAGUAUCUAAAGAGCUUGUCAUUGACUUCAAGAAGUAAGUGGGGGAUUGGGGCGGGGGGGUGCAUGCCCCUAUCUAGAUCAACGGACCUGAGGUGCAGAGUGUCGCGUUCCUGGGAGUGACGGUCACUGACAAUAUGUCCUGGACCUCUCACAUUGAUGCAACGAUCAAGAAGUCACAACAACGCCUCUCCUUCCUCGGGCGGCUCGGGAAAUUUGGCCUGUCCCGUAAGGUCCCUCACCAACUUCUACAGACGCACCAUUGAAAGCGUAUUGGCCUGGUACGGCAACUGCUCUGCCCAGGACCGUAAGAAACUACAGAAGAUGGUGUGCACAGCCCAGACCAUCACGGAAACCGACCUCCCAUCCAUGGACUACCAUCUACAUUUCUCGCUGCCUCAGAAAGGCGGCCAACAUCAUCAAAGACACCUGCCACUGGUUAUAGUCUCUUCCAACCUCUUCCGGCAGGCAGAACAUUACAAGGGCUUAAACACACACACCAACAGAUUUAAGAACAGCUUCUUCCUCGCUGUUAUUAGACUGCUAAAUGGACCUCUCCGAUUUUAAACCUGAUGUUGAUCUUGCUUUUUAUGUAUUGUCUUUGCAGCCGUUAACUUUGUGUCCCUUGCUCUGUUCAAUCACCCUGUGAUGUUUGUAUGUAUGAUCUGCCUACACUACACACAGACCUUUUCACUCUACAUAGGUAUAUCAAAUCAUAACAACGCGCUGGGGUUACCGUCUCCAAACGAGAGAGAAUCUAACCAUUGCCCCCCCCACCCACCUUUGACGUUCAAUGGCGUUACCAUCACUCAAUCUCCCCCCACCCCACUACCAACAGCCUGGGGGUUACCCAUUGAGCAGAAACUGAACCAGGACCCCCAGCCCCAUAUCAAUCCUGCGGCUACAAGGAGCAGGUCAGAGGCUGGGAAUCCUGAAGCGAAUAAAUCCCCUCCUGACUCUCCCCACCCCCUAAAGCCUGUCCCAUCAUCGACAAGGCACAAGUCAGGAGUGGGGAGUGGGGGAGGAGAACACCCCCCCCCCCAGCCGCCUGGAUGGGGCACGGCUCCGACAACACUCGAGAAGCUCAACACCGUCCAGGGACAGAACAGCCCCCACCCCUCUCGAUCGUUGCCCCUCUCCCACCUGCCACACUCCCUCCCUCCCCCCACCAUCCCCCAACGCACAGCCGCAGCAGUGUGUACCGUCUGCGAGACGCACCGCAGCGACUCACCAAUGGCACCUUCCGAACCCACCACCCUUUACAUCUUCCCCACCCCCCAAUGCUAGAAGGAUGAGGGUUGGGGAACAGACCCAUUAGAGGUCCAUGCUUCCCCCUCCCCUUAUCAAGCUUUGAACUAAUCAGGUUAGAACCUCUCUGGAACAAAAACAAAGUUGCUGGAAAAGCUCAGCAGGUCUGGCAGCAUCUGUGAAGGAGAAAACAGAGUUAACGUUUCGGGUCCAGUGACCCUUCCUCGCAACUUCCUGAUUUACAGCAUCCGCAGUUCUUUCGGUUUUUAUAUAGUAGUAGAACCUCUCUGUGUUUUGUUUAGCGAGUAUAUGUGAAUAAAUCUAGCCCUCCUCCCUCGAACCAAUUUGUUAUGUCUAGCGUGGUUAUCCCUUUCAGCUCUUCAGUCUUGUACACGGGCUUCACGUAUUGUUAAAAUGUUUUUUUAAAAGAAAGCAAACUCUGAUCAAUAAAAAUGACUGUAUGCUUCA